GGACCUUCAUAAUUUAGAGAUGGAGUUUAGGCUUAACUUUUGGUUGAUUGAAUUUCAUACUUUCUUUAUAAGAACUUUGAACAAUUUGGAGGAUAAUUUCAUUUGUUUUUUCCCAAUGUCUUAGUAUCUUUCGAAGUACUCUUUUUUUCUAAUUGGUUUUUCUUUUUAAGUUCUGCUUUUAAUGAUUUCAUUCUCUCUAAUUAGAAGACAGAAUGAUGGCUGAUUUAGUGGGUGUUUUGUAAUAUUUUUAUAUAUUGGACAAUUUCGUUAUGUUCUAUUUUGUUAAUUGGUUUCAUGCGUGCUGGCAUUAUUUGAUCUCUUCUUUUUCCUCUGAUUUUGUGGCCAGAUAGUGGUUUAGUAUUUUGUUUCCUUCCUCUUUGUCAUUUUGUGUUACAUGUUGUACCUCUGUUUUUCUGGUUUAAUAAAUUGGGGCUCUUAGUUGAGGAAGAAGACACUAGAAUAGUCAAUUUUCCAUUAUGCUCUAUUUUAAGGUCACCAUUUGAAAUAAAUCGUUUAUUUUAAAGUGGGUAUGUAUGUAAUUUAGGUGCCUCUACACUCUGAUUUUGAUUUCAAAACAUGUAUAUGUAAAAUUUUAAUUAUCUAUAAUCUAUACAUAUAUUAUAAAUCAUAUGCUAGCUCUAUUAUUGCUCCACGAUAGUUGGUGAUAUAGCUCUUUCUCUUGCUUUCUUUCCUAUUUUUUGGAGUGCUAGCUCCACCUUUCAACAUGACAAUUUUCUUUUAAGAUGUUUGAAGAAUUUGUUCAAUAUGAUUCAAUAAAUUUUUCUAGGAAAGUGUUAGACCUCUGAUUUAUUGUUAUGCCCAUAUUGUUUUUUAUUUCUUUUCUUUGGGUGUUUUUUUUUCUUUGCUUUAUUUUUUUUGGAAAAAGUUGCCUUCAUAUAACCAAAGUGAAAAACGAACAUAAAGUUAUUAACUUAGAAGAGAAAAUUAACUACCAUAUAGCAAGCAAUAACAUUUUGACUGAAUGUUUAGUGUUCAAUCAUUAUUAGGUUUCUUUAGUAGAGGAUAAUACAAAAAAACAAAUAAAAAAGGGAAAAAGAAAAGUUUUCUCUAAAAGCAUGUCAUAUAUUAAAGUAUGAAUGUCAUUUUUACCAAAAAGAUCAUCAACUUUCAUCUUUUUAUUUUUUUUCUUACAGUUUUUAUUAGUUUUUAUCUACUAGUUUAUUUUGAUCAAAUCUAAAAUGAUAGCCAUAAUAGAAAAUUUUAUAUCAUAACUUGAACUGGUUUGAGUAUAAUAUAUUACAACAAUAUUAUUGGUGUUGUUUCUUUAACUGCUCUUGUUGGUGUUGUUUCUUUUUCUUGUGUGUAAGUUGCCAACAUUACAACUUUAUUAACUGGUUUGAAAUAUCAUUAAGUGGUAAUUUAUGUAUUUUUUCAUGAUUCUAAGUACAGUUUUCUUUUUUGGCAAAUUUCUUUUUGUUUUUUGAGUGAAUUUUUGUUUUCAUAAUGAUACUUUCUAGAAUAUGUUCCACCAAAUAAAUAUAUGUAAAAAAAUUCCUCAUAAUAUCGUAUUUUGAUUGAUGCGUGUGUGGAUAGAUAAAUACAUAGGAUAAUAUUAUAUUUACUCCCUUGCCUAAACUUUCAAAUUUUAUUCGUUCUUUAUUUGUAAGAGGAUAUAUCUUACACGUGUUUUGAAAAUUCGUGUAGUAAAAAUAUAACAAGCCAAUAAAUGACAGUCAAAUAAAUUAAGCUUUUUAUCUGACUCCAAUGAUAAGAGAUUAUCAGUUGGUGUGUUGCUUUUUUGGAGAAGAAAAUAAUAGGAGACCAAUAUUCAUAUGUAUUUCUCUAACAUUAAGCAUCGAAUAAAAAAAAAUUACUUAUGAAUGAAUGAUUUGUUUAGUCCAUUCUUAUUCCCUUUAAAAUGAAAUAUCCUAUGACUACAGCAAAAUAAAUUAAUCUAACCACUGAAAUUUUUCUUUAAAGCUUAAUAACUAAUUAGAUUGUUUGACAUAAUUUUCUUAGAAUAUAUAUUGUGGUAUUCUAUGUGAUCAGCCAUCUUCUUUUUGAUUGGGUUGUAUUUUUUUGCAAAAAGAUGCAGCUGUUGAGUACAAAUAGUUUUAUGUGAACAAAUAUGUUUUGUUUAUAAUAAUUUGAUGACUAAGAAACACUUUUUGUUAAAGCUAACAAUUUUUUUCUUAAAAAUUAUGUUAGGCACAAUCAUAUUUGUUAGAUAGGCACUUAUUUUAUAGGUACGAUAUUCUGUUAUGGUUUAGUUAAUUUAUUUUAUAAUUUAAUGGUUCAUAUACAUUAGCUUAUCAUUAAUUUAAGCUUCAUUGUGUUUAUAUAUAUAAAAAAAGAUACCAGAAAUUGAAUAGACGAAAAUUUGUUUUGGUCUCAGUUCAAUUUAAUUCUUUUAUUUAUUUUAUUUUAGGCCAAGAGACUGUUUAUUUUAUAUUUAUGGUAUUUUUGAGUGGUAUUUAUAAAUAUGCUCUAAUCAUCUCUAGUUUUUAUAUACAUAAUAGAUGCAUUGUAGAUAUAUUUGAGUACUACAAUGUCAAACUUUUGGAUAUUCUUUAUUACAUCUUCUGUGUAUAUGUGUAUAUAUAUAUUCAUUGUAAGCUAUUCAAGUCAAUAUCUAUUUCAGCUUUUUGUUUAAAAUUGAUGUUCAAUCAUUCUUUUCUAGUGUUGUUUGGUUUUUUAUUAGUGUUGUGCUUUAGUUAGUUCCUUGCUAGUUUCGUUUGUUUUAUGUUGUACUGAUGUUUGAACUUUGUUGCUUUGUGUACUCCCUUUUAAUACAAUUGUUGGUUGACCUUUUAUUGGAGGCAACUUUCAUACAUGUAUAUAUGUAAUAUGGGCUACAAUUGCAUUAGUUUCUUUCUACUUAUAUAAGGUUAUCAUUUAGCUAUUGAUAAUAUUAGAUGAUUGGGCACACCAAUAUGCAUCAUGUAACUUUGGCCCCAUGUCAUCACUAUAUAGAUGACAUGGUACUUCCUUAUUGUAAGAACAUGUGUUGCUGGUAAUUAGCUAUUGUUGUUGUUGUUGGGUUGUAGUAGUGUGGUGGUGUGAUAUUGGUUCAAUUUUUGAACAUUGAAGUUAAUAUGAGUUCCAAUAUCAGCUCUAUCAUCGUAUAUCGGCAGCUUCUCUCACUUCCUCAGCCCCCACGCAGCAACGGACCAACUUCUCUUCACUUCCACUCGAACAACUCCACAUUCAAGUAGGUUUCAUUGAUCAUCAUCAGAAUUUGAAGAAGAAAAAGCUGAUGGCAGAGACAAUCUUAAGCCCGGUCAUAGAGAAGUUGAUUGAGCUGCUUGCCCAAGAAGUAAAUUUAUUGAAAGGAGUUCACAGAGAAGCCCAUAGUCUAAAAGAUGAAUUACAGAUCAUUCAGCCUUUUCUUAAAGAUGCAGAAGCAAAAAUGGAGAGAGGACAGCUUGGAGAUGCUACAGAAGUAUGGCUCAACCAGUUAAGGCAGCUGGUCGAUCGCAUAGAUGAUGUUGUAGACGAAUACAUUCACUAUUUGCACAUGAAACACGGUCAUCAUGGAAGCAAAUUUGUCCAAUUUGUAUAUAGAACAUGUCACUUUGCUCAACUCAUAAAGCCUCGGUAUGACAUAGCUUCCGAGAUUCGAGAUAUUAAAACGUCCUUGCGGGAAAUUAAGGAAAGAGGCCAAUCUUAUGGGUUAAGACCUUUCGAACAAGGAUCAAGUAGUAAUAAAAAUGUUGAUGCCUCCUCCAUGGGCACUCAAUUAGGCUCUCUUUACAUUGAGGAAGAUGAUCUUGUGGGAAUUGAUUCCACAUCAAAUGAGCUCAUAAGAAAUUUGAUUGAAGGUCCAGCCAUUCGUGUUGUGAUUUCAAUAGUAGGAGAAGGUGGAAUUGGUAAAACUACUCUUGCUAAAACAGCUUACGAUGAUGAUGCUGUAAAAAGGCACUUUGAUUGUUAUGCUUGGAUCACUGUGUCUCAAUCAUACAACACGGAGAAGAUCUUAAGGAUUAUGACAAGUCAGUUAUGCUCCGAGAUGGAUCAACCUGUGAAAGCAACUGGGACAAUAAAAGAAGCAAUCGAUCAUUUGAGGAUCUACUUGAAGAAAAAGAAGUAUGUCAUUGUUUUCGAUGAUGUGUGGCAAAGAGAUUUUUGGGGUGUCAUUAAACAUGCUUUUCCUAUUAAUGAUAAUAAAGGGAAUAGGAUCAUUAUUACAACUCGUAAUACUUCAGUCUCUUAUUCUAUUAAGGAGAGCCCUUUUGACAUUGUGAAAGAGCUAAAACCUUUGUGUUGGGAUUUAUCUUGGGAGUUAUUUUGCAAAUGGGCAUAUCGUUUUGAGCUGAAUAGAUGUUGUCCUGAACACCUACACAAUAUGUCUUGUGAAAUUGUAAGAAAAUGCCAAGGUUUGCCACUUGUUAUUGUGGCCAUAGCAAGUUUAUUGUCAACAAAAGAGAAGAUUGAGUUUGAAUGGCAAAAAGUUAUUGAUAAUCUCAAUUAUGAGUUUGAAAACAAUCCCCAGCUUACAGGCGUUUUAACAGUGUUGUCUUUUAGUUAUCAUGAUCUGCCUUAUCAUCUCAAAUGUUGCUUCUUAUAUUUUGGAAUGUUUCCAGAAGAUUACUUAAUUUUCGACCAAAGAUUAUACAGAAUUUGGAUUGCUGAGGGCUUUAUUGAAUCGAAAAGAGAUAAAACGAUGGAGCAAGUAGCUCAAGAAUACUUGAAUGAGCUCAUCCACAGAAACUUAGUCUCCUUUCAUGUUAGAUUUGGAUUCCAAAGAUGGUGUUAUGUCCAUGAUUUAAUGUUUGAGAUCAUCUUAACAAAAGUAGAUGCAAUGUGUUUUUCUCACAUUCUCAACACAAGUAAGACUAAAUUUAAAGGAAGGAGUCGUCGCCUAUCAGUAUUUAGUACUACAAAAGAUGUUCAAGAAAUUAUCAGGGAUUCAAAGGUUCGUUCUGUCAUUUUUCAUAAUGUUGAUCAAUUGACUGAUUCUUUUGUAACUGGUUUAUUCAAAGAAUUGAAACUUCUGAAGUUGUUGGAUUUUGAAGGUGCUCCUCUAUAUGAUAUCCCCAAAGAAGUGGGACAUUUGUUUCAUUUGAAGUACUUAAAUUUGAAAGGUACACAUGUUAAAAGGCUUCCAAAGUCCAUUGGGUCACUCUUCAAUUUACAGGUCUUGAAUCUUUUUGAUACCUUCAUUGAGGAGUUACCAAUCGAGAUUAACAAGCUGCAAAAUUUGCAACACCUUUUAGGACAUCGAUAUAUAAAUGGAGAUGAGUGUAGUGUGAAAUCCUACGGCGGUGUGAAAAUACACCCAGGGAUUGGAUGCUUGAAGGAGUUGCAAACACUUACGUUUGUGGAAGCAUAUAAAAAUGGAGUUGAUUUUGUAAAAGAACUUCAAAAGCUUACAAAAUUAGUGUCUUUAGGAAUUGGAAAAGUGACUGCAGAAAUGGGAAAAGCUUUAACAAUCUCCAUUGGCAAAAUGAGCCACCUUGAAGAGCUCUUCAUAACUUCUUUUAGGGAUGAGGAAAUUUUAGACUUCGAAAGCAUUUUAUCUCCGCCUCGCUCUUUGCGUUUCAUCAGCUUGCGAUGUCGAUUAAAAGAGUUCCCAAGCUGGAUCUCAGUGCUUCAGAAUCUAAGGGGAUUGACCUUACGUUUCACUAGGUUGAGCAAUGAACCGUUAAGAAACAUAAAAGAUUUACCCAAUUUAGAAUUCAUCCGUUUGCACCAGGCUUAUGAUGGAGAGGAAUUGCACUUUGAAGAAGGUAGUUUCAAAAGACUCAAACAUCUAAUAGUUAGAAAGUUGGAAGGGUUGAAAGUUGUGAAAAUGGAUAGAGGAGCACUGCCACAUCUUGAGCAGCUUGAUAUUGGAGAUUGCUUGUUAUUAGAAGAGAUUCCGUCUAAUAUAGAACACUUACCAAAUCUAAAAUCUCUUAUAAUUAGGGACAUGACAAGAGAAUUUGUAGCUUCCUUACAACCCAAUGGAGGUUCUCAUUAUUGGAAAAUUGAGCAUGUAACAUCUGUGACCAUCCUAUACAAAUAUGGAGGGUGGGCUACUUUUAAGAAGUACAGGUUGGGUGAACCAAGCUUGUUGGAACUUCUUCAAUGAUCGAUCCAUAGAAAAUUGAAAGGUGCUGAAGGUGUCCAACAUUAUACAUGUGUUGUAUUGCAAUUGGCAGGAAUAGAAAUUGUGCGGGAAAUGCACGCCCAACCCCGUCCCUGCUCACCAUUUAUGCCCCCAUUUCUGUCUUGUCCAGCUUAAUCCUCAAUAUGUUUGGAGUCGGAGAAUCUCCAUUGGGUAUGGAGACUUAUUGGGUAUCCAUGAAGAUUAAAAAAUAAUGUAAUGCAAUGUAAUUCAAAAUGGAAAUAAAAAGAGUUUUUGAAUUUGAAAUAAA